UUUGCCUAUAAAAAGGCGCGAAACGGUCAACAGGUGAAUCAGAGCAUUUCCAACGGUGAGUGGUGAAGCAUGUGAUUGUGUUGACCUGUGACCCGAGAAGAACAACGAGUUUACGCGAGGAUUACUGAGACUUGGCGAUUGGGAUGGCCAUGCUGCUGCAAGUGGCUUUGCCUUUGCUGGCAGCAGUGAGUUGGGGCUGGGAGCUGGAUGAGAACGACGAUGGUUUGGCCAAAAUCAUCGAAGGCUGCGAGUGGACCAGCAGACAGAAUGUUAUUUCGGAAAUUCUGUUGGAUCGGUACCGGAAGUACGCGAUGUACAACUUUUUCCUGCUGGACGAUGUGUGUGCCGUGCAUGAAUGGAAUAAAAACUUGAAAGAUCCGGAGUUCAGUGAAAAUAGUGAAGUCGAGGACAAAAGUCAGGAAAACGCUCAUAAUAUCCAAGAACACAUUCCAGGCAACAAUCAUUCACCGCCAGCGGCGUCGAACCCUCCAGUCAAUUCAUCCUGCACCAAAAGUGCCAAGGAUUUCUUCGUUUGCCUCUCGAACCAGCUGGGCGAUCCAACGUUGAACGCAAUGUUACUGGACAAUCUGGAGGUUGCCUGUGACCCGAGGUUCUCCCCGGUCUCAGCCACUCAGAAGCGCAACUCCAAGUACGUCUCCAAACAAAAGUUCUACUCCUGGGGUGGAAAGCGGAACAAUCCGAACGUGUUCUAUCCCUGGGGAGGCAAACGGAACACCGGCCGGGUACAUCGGCAACCGAAGGUCGUCAUACGGAACCCAUUCCAUGCGUGGGGUGGCAAACGCAAUCAGAAGGACGACAACGUGUUUUGAGCGCGUAGACAGGAGGGCCAUCUUCUUGCCUCCCCCAAACAUGAUAACGAAUGAAAAAUAAAAAGAAGAUCAAGCAUUUCAGUUCGCCAGUUUGCCAGUGCAUGUUCCAGUUUCAUCCAUAAACAAAAGCAAAUAAACAAUAAAGCUAAAGCACAAAGAAC